UGCAAGUACGCAUGCGCACGGGUGACAGCUAACUAGCGCAGCGCACUUCACAACAGCCAGCUGAUGCCGACUUGCUUUCCACAGUCGUUACCGUUUUAGUUUGGUUUUCGGCAACAAAUUAACCGUUAUACUCAAAUACAUCCUGCGGGAGAGACAUCAUUAAGAUUAAUUCUUACAAGUAUGGCGGUUGUACGUAAAAGCCUUGACAGCUGUUCGUCUCUGUAGUUAGCUAGCUAGCUAGCUAGGUAAAGUUGGUAGCACUGAAUAGCAUCAACGCUAGCUAGCUAAGUUACAGCGGAUUCUUACAAUCUGGCAUCAAAGAACCUCGUCGUCAGCCAUGGGAAUACUAUUUACAAAACUAUGGAGGCUUUUUAACCAUCAAGAGCACAAAGUUAUUAUUGUGGGCCUGGACAAUGCUGGCAAGACCACAAUUCUUUACCAGUUUUCAAUGAAUGAGGUGGUGCACACCUCUCCUACGAUUGGGAGCAACGUGGAGGAGAUUGUGGUCAACAACACCCAUUUCCUGAUGUGGGACAUUGGGGGCCAGGAGUCCCUUAGGUCAUCGUGGAAUACAUACUACACAAACACAGAGUUUGUCAUUGUGGUGGUCGACAGCACAGACAGAGAAAGGAUCUCAGUGACCAAAGAGGAACUCUACAGAAUGCUAGCACAUGAAGAUUUAAGAAAGGCAGGCCUGUUGGUCUUUGCCAACAAGCAGGAUGUGAAAGGUUGCUUGUCUGUGGCUGAGAUCUCCCAGAGCCUUCAGCUUACCUCUGUCAAAGACCACCAGUGGCACAUCCAGGCCUGCUGCGCCCUCACUGGGGAGGGGUUGUGCCAGGGUCUUGAGUGGAUGAUGUCACGGCUGCGUGUGAGAUGAUGACCUUUGACUUUGACCAAGAGUGCGCCCUUGCUCUUUGUUUUCUCUGCCUCCAGACAUUGACUUGAAAUGAGGAUGGGGGUGAGGUCGGUUGACGGAUGGCCCUCUCCUCUUUCCUGUGAUGCUGACGUGGGCAGACCGCUGCCAGGACGUUAUAUUCUUCUGUGAUAAUUUAUUUUUCAGAAAACGUCUGAACUCAGAACAAAAAACAUGACCUUUUCAGACGGAUAUUGAACAAAAGAGACUCCAAUUAUUUCAUUUGAAAUGUGUGCACGGUUUUCUUUUCAGCAAAACACAGAAGUCAGCAGGGUGUCUGACAUGGAACUGUACAUGGACUUAUUCUUCAGCUGUGUGUGACUCUAGCCCAUGGUGGCCUUGCAGUAUUGCCAGACUGGCUGUGGCAGUUUUAUUGCCCCCUACCCUGUGUGUACAGUCCAGUAUUCUCUUUUAACCUGGUGCCUGCAGCAGAAUGUCCAAGUGAUGAUGGUUGAUGGUGACUGAAACGUGCAGAAAGGAGGGUCAAAUCACAAAAUACCCUCUUCUUUUCAGUCCCUAUGAAUAAUCAGUGAAAUAAAGUGUUUUUAUCGGUUUCAGGUGAAUUGCAGCGUGUCAUAAAUGAGUAUUUCUUUCAGGUGA